GUACACAAAGCACUCACUCGUAUUUUGGAGGCGAGGGUUUAGGACGCGCACCAGAAGUGUCGGUGAAAGAUUGUUGUUGCCUGAGCGCUCUUCGCCGUUGUCUCUGAGCAACGUGGGAUUUUCUUCUUCCCCCGCACAGUGCCUCUUCUCAGGCCAAUUUAACUAUGAGUGACGAUUUACCGUAUCGGGCAGAAUAUGCCAAAAGCGGUCGGGCCGGCUGUAAGACCUGUAAGGGCAAUAUUGCCAAAGACGUUCUUAGGAUGGCUGUUAUGGUCCAGUCACCUAUGUUUGAUGGGAAAGUACCUCAUUGGUACCAUUACAAGUGCUUCUUUGUCAAGCAACGUCCAAAAUCUGUUGGUGAUAUUGCACAUUACGAUUCCCUCAGGUGGGAGGACCAAGAGAAAAUCAAAAACGACAUAGAUAGCUAUGGGGGAGCAGCUGGCGCAUUUGCCUCUCCAGCAGCUAGCGGUAAAGGGAAAGGGAAAAAACGUGGUGCUGCUGGUGCUGUGGAUAGUCUUAAAGAUUUCUGUGUUGAGUAUGCAAAAUCUGGAAGAGCAACAUGUCGAGGAUGUGAACAAAAGAUUUUGAAGGAUGAGGUUCGCAUCUCUAAGAAGGACUAUGAAAGUGAUGUCGGGAAAAGAUAUGGUGGCCAAGAUCUCUGGCACCAUCUGGAUUGCUUUGAAAAACUUCGAGAUGAAUUAAAAUAUUGGAAUGCCGGGUCUGAGCUUCCGGGUAUCCAAACACUAACAGCAGAAGAUCAAAAACUAAUCAAGGAGAAAUUACCCAAAGUUACCCCGAAAGAAGGGAAAGAUGGGGUUGAUGGGGAAACCCCUGCAAAGAAAAUAAAGAGUGAAGAGCUAGGCAAAGAUGAAGAAGAAGGUAUGAAAAAGCAAAACAAAACUAUGUUUGGGUAUCGAGAUAAACUGAAAAGUCAAUUAAAGAAAAAGGAUCUUGAAAGGUUACUUCAGCAUAAUAGGCAAGAAGUACCAUCAGGCGAAGAAAGGAUGUUGGACAGACUUGCUGAUAUUAUGACAUUUGGAAAACUUCUUCCUUGUCCAGAAUGCAAAGAUGGCCAGUUUGUAUUUCGCUCUGGUGUUGGGUACCAGUGUCAGGGAAAUAUUUCUGAGUGGGCUAAAUGUGAAAAUAAAACAUUAGAACCACCACGUGGUCCAUUUAAAGUUCCUUCAGACAUGAAGGAAAAGUCACCAUUUUUAGAGAGCUACAAGUACAAGCCAAAUAAGCGUAUUAUCAAAAUAACUGCACCCACAGCACUACCAGCCUCUGUCACCUCUCAUCUUCCAAACUUCCCAGUGAAGUCUGAGCCUGGAGCUGAGGGAAAAUCAAUGCCAAAAAUAAAUCGACCAGCACCUCCAUUCAGCAACUUGGAAUUUGUUAUUCAAGGCAAACUUGAAACUGAUAAAAAUGAAUUAAAAAAUAAAAUUGUCAAGAAUGGUGGCAAAGUUGGCACUAAAGUUCACUCUAAAACUUUUGCUGUUAUAUCCACUGAAGCUGAAGUAGAGCGUAUGGGAUCUCGUAUAGAACAAGCGAAGGAUGAAGAUAUACAUGUGGUUUCUGAGGACUUUGUACAAGCUGUACUAGAUGGAGAAACAGCACUUAGUGCCAUAAAAAAGAAGUGCAUUUCAUCCUGGGGUGGAGAUCCAAAAUUAAGAAUUCCGGAAAAGACAGAAUCCUCUAAGUCACGGAGUGGAAGUAUGUUUAAGAGCAAGUCAGGAACUGUGAAACUGAAGUUAAAGGAUGGAUCGGCUGUUGAUCCUGAUUCAGGUCUUGAAGAAAAAGCUCAUGUGUACAAGGCGGGCAAAGAUAUUUACAAUGCUGCUCUUUGUAUUACCGAUGUUCAGAGUGACAAAAAUAGUUAUUACAAACUUCAGUUGUUAGAAUCAGACAAAGGAAAACAACACUGGCUGUUCCGUGCGUGGGGCAGAAUUGGCACAACCAUCGGGGGCAAUAAACUACAAUCAAUGUCUUUAGAAGAAGCUAUUCAACAAUUUGAAGAUCUUUAUCAAGAGAAGAGUGGAAAUAUGUGGGCUCAUCGUCAUCACUUUGUAAAAGUUCCUGGGAGAAUGUAUCCCAUGGAAGUGGAUUAUGGUGAUGACAAACCGAAAGGGCUUGGUGUUGCUCGAGGUGAUGUGAAAUCAAAGUUGGCAAAACCAAUUCAAGAUCUUAUUACUACCAUUUUUGAUGUUGAAAAAAUGAAGAAAUGUAUGAUGGAGUUUGAGUUGGACUUGCAAAAAAUGCCCCUGGGUAAGCUCAGCCAGCGCCAAUUGUUGGAAGCGUAUUCUGUAUUGAAAGAAGCACUUGAAUUAGUGCAAAGGGAUGCCAAGGAAGAUGUUAAGUCUGUUAAUUCUCGUUCAAAGUACAUAGAGGUAACCAACAGGUUCUUCACCUUGGUACCUCAUGACUUUGGAACAGACAUGCCUCCUAUUCUGAACACAGAGGAACUCAUAAAGCAAAAAAUGGAAGUCAUAGACAACUUGCUUGAGAUUGAAAUAGCUUACAACUUGUUGGAGAGUGGUUCAGGUGAUGAUAGUGUUCAUCCGAUUGAUAGUCAGUAUCAGAAACUAAAGGCAGACAUAGAAGUACUGAGCAAGGAAAGUGAUGAAUUUGCAUUACUUCAGAAAUAUGUCAAAAAUACUCAUGGUGCUACUCACACUAACUUCUCUCUUGACAUUGAUGAGGUGUUCAAAGUUCGUAGGCAUGGAGAAGAGCGCAAGUUCAAGCCUUUCAAAAAGCUGCACAACAGAAAACUUUUAUGGCAUGGAUCACGUCUUACAAAUUAUGCUGGUAUCCUGUCUCAGGGUCUGAGAAUUGCACCACCCGAAGCACCUGUCACUGGUUACAUGUUUGGUAAAGGUAUUUACUUUGCUGACAUGGUUUCCAAGUCAGCAAAUUACUGCAGCACAACAAAGUCAAACCCUAUUGGUUACAUGUUGUUGUGUGAGGUUGCUCUUGGUAAUAUGUAUGAACGAACUCGUGCUGAUUACAUUGAAAAGCUUCCCAAGGGCAUGCACAGUUGCAAAGGUAUUGGCAAAACUGAACCAGAUCCGAAACAAACAAUCAAAACUGAUGAUGGUGUCGAGAUUCCUCUUGGAGAAGGCAUUACUGAUAUUGACACGGAUUCGACACUACUCUACAACGAAUAUAUUGUCUAUGAUACUGCCCAGGUCAAGUUCCAGUACUUGUUCAAGAUGAAAUUCAACUAUACUUAAGCAUGAAGAAAACCUUCAAAAUUCUUUCUGGAUUAUUUAUGGUGAGGAUUUAUAGGUGUAUUACAUGAUGCCACUAGAUCUGUUGAAAGAAAAAUGACUCAACCAUCGUUCUAUCUUACCAUUUAGUUUUAGUUUUGACAAAAUCGAACAUUUGUAACGUUCUCUAUCCAGUGAAUUAUAAGUUUCUCUAAAUCUAA